UUCCAACUGAACUGACUUGGGUUCUCAGAGAGAAAUGCUCAAGAGAGAGAAGUUGAACUUGACGAGAGAGAGAGGCGUUCAGAAACACCACUGUCAACAGAGAGUCAGAAAAAGAAGUCGCCUUUCUUUGAGCAUCAAGGCACGGUGGACCUUGCCUCGUGCAGCAAGGCGGAAAGGCAGCAGGUUGUGUGGCAGACGAGCACGGAAGAAAGACUUUGGAGAAGGGGAGGUAUGGAUCCGGGCAUGGACUUCAGUGGCCCUCAAUGGACGGCUAACGAGGUGCAGCUGGGGACAACGAUCAUGGCGGUUGAGUUUGAUGGGGGAGUGGUCAUGGGGGCAGACUCGCGGACAUCCACAGGAAACUAUGUAUCGAAUCGGGCGUCAAACAAGAUCACAGCCCUGACAGACAACGUGUACAUAUGUCGAUCGGGCUCGGCUGCAGACACACAAACGAUCUCGGACUACGUCAGAUACUUCUUGAAUCAGCACGUAGUUGAAAAGGGCGCUCCCGCGGACGUCAAGACCGCGGCCAAUCUGGUGAAGCAGAUGGCGUACCAGAACAAGAACAACCUGCAGGCGGGCAUGAUUGUGGCCGGGUGGGACAAGCACCUGGGGGGGCAGGUGUAUGGCAUCCCCCUUGGGGGCACGCUCCUCAGGCUGCCCUUCACCAUCGGAGGUUCCGGGUCCUCGUACAUUUACGGCUUCUGUGACCAGGCUUACAAGGAGAAGAUGACGCAACAAGAGUGCGAGGACUUCGUCAUCAAGGCCGUCUCCUUGGCCAUGGCUCGGGACGGCUCCAGCGGGGGGGUCAUCAGGACGGCCACGAUUACGGAGAAGGGCGUGGAGCGCAAGAUGAUUCCCGGAGACAAGCUGCCCCUGUGGUUCGAGGAGAUUCCGGUAGAACCAGGGUUCAGGCCUUUUGCCAAGCCAGCCGAGGAGGCAACGACCGCAGCUUGAGUAGCUAUUUAGCAGUUGCGACGGUCUCGCUUCCAACUCGUGCACUAUUUGCAAUAGCUGUGCCCAACCAGUCUUGAGCAAGCCAUUGGCAUCCGUAUGUGCGUGAUUGAUUACGUUAAUUACAAUGAGAAAAGACGUAUGAUAUGCAGAUUAAGAAGCUGCCAUUUGCAACCGUGAAUGGAAACAUCACCA